CAACACAUCAACUUUAAAAAUGUGUACCGAAUCGGAGAGCACAGAUUGGCAAAUUAAUCUUUGCAAGGUUCGUGAACGUACUACAUACGCCUAUAAUAACUCACUGUUCUGUGAUAUUCAAUUCUCGGUUCUYGAUUCAAAUGAAACUGAAGUUAUUAUUCCAGCUACCAAGUACAUGYUGGCAAUCACCAGUCCRGUCUUUGCAGCCAUGUUUUACAGUGAACUAGCGGAAACURAAUCAMCUAUCGAGCUGCCAGACUGUACCUCGGAAGGCUUACAGGAGUUCCUUCGAUAUGCAUAUUCGGAUAAAAUUAAUUUGACUGCAASAAAUGUUGUUGACGUAAUGUACAUCGCAGAGAAGUAYAUUGUACCUUCACUYGYCAAGAAAUGUAAGGAAUACAUAMAGAAAAAACUUCAACCAGAGGACGUAUUCCUUGUGCURYCCAAGAUCUCCACGAACUAUGACAAAGCCCUUGUACAACGCUGCUGGGAUCUCAUCACCGAAGAGACACGUCGAGCCUUGYYKUCUCCGUCUUUCUUGGACAUUUCACAUCAAUUGCUUUACCAGCUUCUUCUUAGGACAAAACUGGCAAUAGAAGAGUUUUCACUCUUCCAGGCUGUAGACCAAUGGGUGUCAMAAAGGAUCCARGAAAAGGRAAUGAAUAAGAAUGGGAAAGUUAGGCGGUCAAUCCUAGGAGAACAAGCUAUCAGACUCAUAAGAUUUCCUCUUAUGUCACAAAAGCAAUUUGCAGAGUCCGUGUUGCCAAGUGGAGUUCUAACGAUGCACGAAGUAACGGAAUUGGUGCAAAUUUUUACUUCUGUACGACCAGUCUCUCGAAAUUUUUGUUCUGAUAAAAGAAACGGACUUGACAAUGAUUUUGUGAUGCCUGGUGACCGUUUUGAAUCGGUCGAGCCUUUCGCCUUUAACGGAAAGCUUGUUUCCAGUGUUGACUUUGAAGUCAGUCAAGCGGUUCAACUUGUUGGAGCAAGGCUUUUUGGCAGCGAGUGUACAUCCUUUGAAGUGGACUUUUCAAUCUCUGAAAUCGAAAAAAAAUCAGGAAAAUACGAGUCUAAAUGUCAUUUUAUCUCGACUUUUGAAACCGGAAAUAAAAUAAACGACCUCUAUUAUCCUCUAGAUAUCAGAAUGAAACAACCAUUCCAACUAUUCCCAGGUUGUCAGUACAGACUUGAAUUUCAUAUGAAAGGAYUUCACAAAUAUAUCGGAUGUAAAGGAAGAGAUGAAGUUUCUUUUCAAGAUAUAACAGUUAUCUACAGGAAUGCGACUUCCGCAUUCGCGCACUUCCGGGGGAGUAAGCCCGAGGGAGGACAGAUUCAAGCACUGCUAUUUCAAAGAAUCGAUUAAGACUCAAUCUAUUGUUGACUGGCCAGCAUYAACAUUGAUUAAAGAUAAUUUGCUCUAAAAGUUACACGUUUGAAGUAUACUAGUCGGACUACAGGCAGCCCAGCUACAUGCAGCCCAUCAGGACUGGUUAUAUGCUGCAUUGUUUAUAGUCUCUUUUACAAACGUUAUGCAUAUACAGCACCCGAUGUUAACAUAUAGUUUAAAGUAGACACUCUAAUGCUUACGUUCAAACUAGCGAGAUAUUUAUCCAUCGUUUUCUAGAACUCAUUAAUAAUUCAUGAGCUAUUAGUCCAAUGAGCAUCGGACUAUCGGGUCACAUGAUGGGCCUUUAUAUCCGAUAAAGUACUGAUGUUUUAUUAAUCAGUU